AUGUGGGAAGAGGCGAGAGACAGUUUACCACCAGUAAUAUAUACGUUCCUGGUUCUGGACAUAAUAGCUGUUGCAUUGAGGGCGUUCGUCCGAAUUCGUCUAAGCAAGUCUUUCGGCUAUGAUGACUUCGCUAUGGUCUUUGCGCUGGUAUGCAAAAUUCUGGAAAAUCGCCGGGCGGGCUUUAUUCUGCUCUGCACGUUCACUUUAAUCUCUCUCAAUAACGGUUAUGGUUCCGCGGAGAUGAGACCUGAAUGGAACCCCAUCACGGGUGUAAAGUUCUUUGUGGCUUCUACCCUGGCUUACGUCAUCGUUGUCUACGUAGCGAAAGUCAGUGUCGCGCUGGUACUCUAUCGAAUCGCCGUAACCAACAAACCGAUACAAAAACUUCUAAUCGGAUCCAUCGUUGUAUUAACUAUAUGGACUAUAACGUCGGCUACAAUAGUAGGCCUCCAAUGUCAGCCCUUGAGUAUGAGUUGGGGUGAGAUGCCCAAGGAUGGAAAGGGUACUUGUCUUCCGGCGUACGUGUUGGCAAACGUAGGGUAUUCCAUAAGCAGCAUGGAUAUCGUUAGUUCAUUUUUAUACAGCGGGCUUCCUAUACUGCUACUCAAGGGUGUACAGCUCAGCCUUCGAACAAAGGUGUCCGUCAUGAUCCUGCUCGGGUUAGGUAUAGUGAGCUCCAUUGCCACCGUUAUUCGGCUGAAAUAUCUCGUCGACGUCGCCAAAUUAACGACAAGUGUGGGAGUAGAAGCAUCAAACGCGUAUUUAACGACAUUCGUGUAUUCUGUAACAGAAUUAGGUCUCACGAUCUUCACAGCGUCACUUGCUGCCUUGCGUCCGUUGUUAAAAUUCCUUCCCUUCGGAAACUCGACAAGCCAGGGCUACGGCAGUUCAAAGAAGAAGUCGGAGAUACGUUCAAAUAUGGGCCCUCCUGUAAAGUUAGAUGACCUUGACGUAUCAGGCAGCCAAGAACAUAUCGUUCCACAGGGAAAGAUCCAGAAAGAGACGGAAUAUGAAGUCCAUUAUUCAAAUGUCUAG